CACUCAGGGCUCGGUCGUCUGUGCCGUGAGACGAGGAGGGUCAGGGCAGGGGACGCCGCCUCCCUUGCAGCAGGAGCGGUUCCGGGCACUGCCGCGGCUCUCCUUCUCCCUCUCCCCCUCCUUUCCCCCCCCCAGAUCUUUUCUGUACAGACCAAAGUGCUGUUGGAGCUCCCACCCUUCAUCCCCGCUCACGCCAUCGACGCCCCCUGCGAGACGCAGGUCUACGCUCAGAGCAAAGGAGUGCGCUACCGGCGGCCGUGAUAAUUUAUUGCGGGAACAUCAGAGCGACACGGACACGCGAGGAGCGAGCUGUGAACCGCCGCGGACACGUCGGCGGGGGAUUCGCAGGGGAUGCGAUGCUCGCGCAGCGUCGUCAGUGAGCGACCGCCACAAAUGUCACCCGGGAUUAACGGGUGACCUUCUGCCGCUGGAGCAGGAUUGGCGGCCACCGCCGAGUUCCCCGUCCUUCCUCCCUUCCUUCAUCCAUCCUUCAUCCUUCCUUCCUUCAUCCUUCCAUCCUCUCUCCCUCCCUGCUCCACACGGGCCGCAGCGGAGGGUCCCAUCCAGCCCUCGGGAAGAUGCCUGGCGGCGGCUGGGGCCGAGCGGGAGCCGGGAGCGGAGGACGACAUCUGCCAGCCCCGCGGCCGCUCCGCCGGGACACAAGGACCCCGCGCCCGUCCCGGGGCUGAGCGCCCGCGGCCCCGCCAUGGUGCUGCCCUGUGCCGGCGCCCGGCCGCUGCCCGAGGAGCCCCGCGGCCGCAGCAACUCGGUGCCCCCUGCGCAGACCCCCACCGCCAAGCACAUGCUGGCCUACCUGCCCCGGCCGCCCACCGACACCAGCCGCUACGGCACCUUCCCCCAGAAGCCCGAGCCCCCGGCCGCCCCCGGGGGGGCUGCGGCGGAGGACGGCCGGCAGCGAGCGGCCAAGAGAAGCCCCCCAAUGCCAAACCACGGAGGCGUCCCCGGUGAGCCGUCCCUGCCGGCCGUCCUGCGCCGUCCCGGCGACAUGUCCCGCUGCCCGCUGGCCGCCCGCUGGCACCCGCUGCAGGCGCCCGGCGCCCCUGGUGCCAUCCCUGGCAUCACCAUCCCCAGCGCAGGGCGCGGCAGGACCCCCUCCAUGGAGGGGCUGCCGGGCCGGCGCUGCAAGCGGCUGGAGGAGGACGGCCCCGUGGCCCAGGCGGGCAGGCGGCAGCGGCAGCGGUACGUCACCAAGGUGGGCAAGUGCCAGGUGAACCUGGGCAACAUCCAGGAGAAGAAGCGGUUCCUCUCGGACAUCUUCACCACCAUCGUGGACCUCAAGUACCGCUGGUUCCUCUUCGUCUUCAUGAUGUGCUACAUCGUCACCUGGGUGGUCUUCGGCACCGUCUACUUCUUGGAUGCCUGGGCGCGGGGCGACACGGAGCACCGGGGGGACCCCGAGUGGCGGGCCUGCAUCCAGAACGUGGACGGCUUCGUCUCCGCCUUGCUCUUCUCUGUGGAGAGCCAGCGCACCAUCGGCUACGGCGCCCGCAUGGUGACGGCCGACUGUGCCGAGGGCGUCAUCCUGCUGAUGGCCCAGUCCAUCGUGGGCUCCAUGAUCGACGCCCUGAUGGUGGGCUGCAUGUUCGUCAAGAUCUCCCGGCCCAAGAAGCGCGCCCAGACCCUCAUCUUCAGCAAGAACUGCGUCAUCUCCCGCCGGGACGAGCAGCUCUGCCUGAUGUUCCGGGUGGGCGACCUGCGGGAUAGCCACAUGGUGGACGCCAAGAUCCGGGCCAAGCUGAUCAAGUCGCGGCAGACGGCGGAGGGGGAGUUCAUCCCGCUGGAGCAGUCGGAGCUGAACCUGGGCUACGACACGGGGGAGGACCGGCUCUUCCUGGUGGAGCCCCAGAUCAUCUGCCACAUCAUCGACCGCCGCAGCCCCUUCUGGGACCUGUCGGCCGAGUCCCUGCGCCGGGAGCAGUUCGAGAUCAUCAUCAUCCUCGAGGGCAUCGUGGAGGCCACAGGAAUGACAUGCCAAGCCCGCACCUCCUACACGGAGGACGAGAUCCUCUGGGGGUACCGCUUCGAGCCCUGCAUGUCCCUGGAGAAAGGAGCCUUCCGGGUGGACUACAGCCGCUUCGAGAUGACCUUCGAGGUGCAGACACCGGCAGCCAGCGCCAAGGAGCUGCAGGAGCGGCAGGAGCUGGAGCUCCCCACGCUCGGGCUCUGCUGGGACCAGCCCCUGCUGCCCCGCGCUGCGCCGGGCGUCGGGCACCGCCGGGAGGAGCCGCCGGAGCAGGGGGACACGGGCUGAGCGCGGUCCCGCACCGACAGUGCCAUAGCCCACCCUCCCCCACGGGGCUGAGCCCCCCCGGCCGCGGGGCGUCACUGCCGCAGCGACGUUCUUCCGUCAGGAGGAACGCCAGGUCCAAACAAGGGAAGUCUCUUAAUUAAAAAAAAACAAACACAAAAAUCAAUCA